GGCCUUGUCGCAGUUGCUAUUCUUUGCCAAACAAUAACGAGAAUAUUGCUUAAACCAAAGUAUUUUUAACACUUCUUAGAAAUAAUAGAACUACAUUUAAGUAUAAAGUAAUACCUCAAGAAGUUAAUUCUAUUGAUAAUGUGAUAAUAAGUAAACCCAUGGCUUCAAAUGUGCAAGACUCGUCUGUCGCUCAACAGACAUUUGUUGAGGAAAUUGAUUACAGUGAAAUACAGGAAUUGCAGGUUGUAGGUAAGGGUGCGUUCGGUGUAGUAUGGAAGGGUUUAUGGAGGAACACAUUUGUUGCUGUAAAGCAUAUAAACUCCGAAGCGGAGAAGCGAGAGUUUGCUAUUGAAGUUCGUCAACUAUCCCGUGUUUCGCACCCAAACAUUGUGAGAUUAUAUGGAGCCUGUACUACAGGUGCUCACGUGUGUCUAGUGAUGGAAUAUGCAGAGGGAGGCUCCCUAUACAAUGUUCUUCACGUCCGUCCAAAGCCUAAAUAUACUGCAGCGCAUGCAAUGAGUUGGGCGAGACAGUGUGCAGAGGGGGUGGCAUACUUACAUGCUAUGAAACCAAAACCAUUAAUACACAGAGACCUUAAACCACCAAAUUUGCUAUUAGUAGCUGGUGGUCAAAAAUUGAAAAUUUGUGAUUUUGGUACAGCAGCUGAUAAGGCCACAUAUAUGACCAACAAUAAAGGAAGUGCAGCUUGGAUGGCUCCUGAGGUGUUUGAGGGUUCAUCAUAUACAGAAAAAUGUGAUGUAUUUUCAUGGGGCAUCAUACUGUGGGAGGUUUUGUCUCGGAGAAAACCAUUUGAAGAAGGUGGAUCAGCAUUUAGAAUAAUGUGGGCUGUGCAUACAGGUCAAAGGCCAAAUUUAAUAGAAGGUUGUCCAGAGCCCAUAGAACAACUGAUGACUCAAUGUUGGCACAAAGUACCAGCCGAUAGACCCAGUAUGGCGAAAGUAGUGGAGAUAAUGAAAGCACUGUGUGAAUUCUUCCCUGGUGCUGACACACCUAUCAACUUUGAUGACCUUGAAGAUGAUGACGAGGAAUGCUCCGAAGAUGGCUACAUGAUGUACGAUACACGAGACAGCUUCGAAACAGACACAGAGAGCUUAACUCAAGCGCACAACCCUAUACACUAUACAAAUGAAACUUCAUCUAACUCAAUAUAUAAGAAUACAGGGAAACCGAUAUCACCCAGGGCCAACAGUUUUGUUGAAAACCAAGUGAAUAGGCUCCAACAUCUCAUGUCGGAGUCCCAGCCCAAACCAGCUGUGUCUCGAGAUGAUGAAAAUAGAGCUGUUCUGAAGAUUCCGCAAUUGAUAAAACCUGAACAGCUCGAGCCUGGUAGAUCACCAGUAGCGAUGAACAAAUUAAAUUCACCUGUACUCUCUGAUAGGACAUAUAUGCCAAGCGAAGGAAGCACACCGCAGGAUACCUUAAGGGUCUUCAGGAGCCCUAACAUUUUCAGUGAGUCGUCAUCGCCUCGAGGGCCUUCUCCGAUUGUGAAUUACAAUAUUGGCAACAUGAACCCUCGGCAUAUAGAUAUAGAGCAGUAUUGGAAUAGGGAGAAUGAAAAGUUAUCUCCUGCUCGGACUCCGUCUGCGUUAAGUAAUAAUUCUUCGAGGAAAGAGGAUUACAAUCAGAAUUACUGUGAUAGACUGAGCGUGGGCAACAGUCCGAUGACGCCGAUACGGGAGUAUAAUGGAAACAUGGUGCGAGCAGUUGACUCGCAAUAUCAAACUCCGUUGCAAAUUGAGGUUGAUCCGAACGCAUGGGAGCUACGGGAUCUGCCGCUGCAAGACAUUGACGGUUAUGUGGAGGUUAGAAAUACUGGUGGCUUCGAUAAAUUUGUGCCCAUUGACCUGAGUCUGGCGCUGGUUUUCUACUAG